UUUAUAAAUUGCUUUAAACUUGCUUCUAAUUUAUAAAUUUUUCCGUGAAAUGAGUUUGGUUUUUCAUAUUUGAGAAGAACUGAAUAAACUUUGAGUAAGCAGUUUCAAACAACGUUUAAUUCGAAGAGUUCGGUAAUUUAAUUUGUUAAAAAUAAAUUUUAAUUAAAUAUUAAAUAAAAAUAAAUUAAUUAAUAAUUUCCAACUGCCUCGAAAAAUGUACGGCCGAAAUCCGUUUGAGAAUGAUGACGAUAACUCAUUUGAAGCGCACGCAAACAGACAAGCGAACGCCAUGAAAAGCAGCGGUGGCAGCAGUUUAACCACGGCAAAUGGCACUAAAAAAGUCAACUCAGGCAACCCAUUUUACGAUGAUGGGAAAGAUGAUUUCUAUUCUCCGCCAUCUUCAUCGUCUGCUAAUUCCGAGUACAGCAACCUCCAGCAGAAAGUUCAGUCUUCCAUGAAUCGCCAACUUGAAACUACAAAUCGUUGUUUGGCCAGCUUAUAUGAUUCAGAAUCUGUGGGGAUAGCCACUGCUGAGGAAUUAGUCAGGCAAGGUGAGAAGCUAGACAAUGCUGAAAGAAACAUAGACAAAAUAAUUUCAGACACGAAAACGUCACAAAGACAUCUCAACAGUAUCAAAAGUGUCUUUGGGGGAUUCAAGAAUUGGUGGAAUGGCGAGAAGAAGGACUCACAACCUGUCACUCAACCAACACGUGAUAGGACAAAUACAACUCUAGGCAAGGCAUUGAACAAUCAAACAUCAACUAAGGACACACACCCAGCUCUUACUAGCAAAGGUUACGACACCAAAGGAUUUUUUGAUGAUGAUGUUGUUGAGUUUGAUCACUUUGACCCAGAUAGUUUUGGCAACAAGCCCAAUAAUAAUACAAGAUCAGCUUCCAUGGGGCAAAUUAAGCAACAACAGCAACAACAAAAACAGCAGCAACAACAACAAUCAUCAUCAUCAUCGAGAUCGAAGGAAUGGCAGGAGUACGAAAGAGGAUUGGAAAAGAACUUGGACCUGAUGUCCAGUGGCCUAUCGAACUUGAAAGUGCUAGCCCAGGGCCUGGGGGAGGAGAUAGAGGUACAGAAUGAACAACUCGAUCGAAUUUCGGGAAAAGCCGACAGGGCAGACACCAAAAUCAGGAACCAGAAUCUGCAGAUGAAGCGUAUUCUUGGCAAAUAAAAACCUCUGUGUGUUUGUGUGUGUGUGCGUGUUUGUGUGUGUGUGUAAUAAGUAGUUUGUUUUUGCAUGAUUUAGAGUUUAAUGUUCAUUAUUAUUAACUGCAUUAUUAUGACAUACAUAGCAUUAUUUAUUUUAAGUCGAAUAAAUAUAGUUAUGAUAGCGUUUUUUGAUGAUAAGGAUAUAUUUUGAUUGAUUGAAUGGUUGGUUGGUUGAUUGUUUGGUUGGUCGAUUGGUUGGUAUAUCAGUUUAUCAAUUGAAUUCCCAAAGAUAUUGUUAAAUUCGUUUAUUAAUGAUUUCGUUUUUUUUGUCCAUCAAACAGCUGUCUUAUUAAAUGAUUGAUUGAAUGAUUGAUUGACUAAUUAAUUAAUUGACUGAUUAAUCAAUUGAGUGGUUGAUUGAAUGGUUGAUUGAUUUGUCUCUGAAUAUUAUAAUAUAUCGUGUUAGCGUUACAAUAUUUUCAACUGAUUGUUUCCUUCCAGCUUAUAUAUUUAUAUAUACAUGAAGGUUAUUUGCAUAUUGCUAUAUAUGACAUAUAAAAUAGCUGGUAUGUAUGCAUUGGUUUGAACAUGACGUAAUGUGUGAUAUUGUACUGUAUUGCAUGGUGGUAGCAAUAUGGGUAUUAUUAAUAUACCGAGCGUAUGUUCAUUCAUAUUGUCAUUAUUUAUAUUAAGAUUUAUAUUAUUAUAACAUAUUAUCAUUAGUAUGAUUCUUUACAAACGGUUAUGUUAUGUAUAUAUGCGUGCCUGUGUGUGUUUAACCAAUUAUUUUGUGAUAAAUCAGAGUUAUUUAGCUUAAUCAACAAACACGUUAAAGAGA